CUGUCUGUCUCUGUCUAUCUAUCCAUCCAUCCAUCCAUCCAUCCAUCCAUCCAUCCAUCUAUCUAUCUAUAUAUCUAUCUUUUUUUUUGCAUUUAUAUCCUGCCCUUCUCCGAAGACUCAGGGUGGCUUAUACUAUGUCAAGCAAUAGUCUUCAUCCAUUUGUAUAUUAUAUACAAAGUCAACUUAUUGCCCCCAACAAUCUGGGUCCUCAUUUUACCUACCUUGUAAAGGAUGGAAGGCUGAGUCAACCUUGGGCCUGGUGGGGCUUGAACCUGCAGUAAUUGCAAGCAGCUGCUGUUAAUAACAGACUGUCUUACCAGUCUAAGCCACAGAGGCCCAUUGUCCAUCUAUCUAUCUAUCUAUCUAUCUAUCUAUCUAUCUAUCUAUCUAUCUAUCUAUCUAUCUAUCUAUCUAUCUAUCCUAUCUAUCCUAUCUAUCCAUCUAAUUAUCUAAUUUUUCUCUCUGUCUGUAUUUCUCUCUCUCUCGUUCCUUUUUUUCAAUCAUCUCUGAUCUUCGGAAACCGCCUGGACAAACUGCUGCAGUUUUCUUGGCAAAGUUUUUCAGGAAAAAAAAAAAGGUUUGCCAAUGCCUUCCUUCUUAGGGCUGAAAAGAAGUGGCUGGCCCAAAGGUCAUCCGAGGCAGGACUAGAACUCCCAGUCUCCUGAUUCCAAGCCUCACGCCUUAACUUGUCUCCUUUCCUCCUACCUGCAAUAAAUCUAUUUGUCCUUAAGGUACCACAAGAUGUUGCAGACCGUCCCUCAAACCUUAAAAAAAAAAAAAAAGUUUGAGAUCUGCUUUUAGCCCUGGUUCUCUUGGGCCCAAAUCCAUUGAGGACUAGCACCUUGCUGUUUUAUCCGAGAAAGACUGAAUACCUGAAGCUGGCUGUCCUUCAGACAAGGGCACAUACCUAAUGAUCUUCCCGGCAACUCCACUCAACGUACCAUCUGUCUUGCCAGCUGUCGCACGAAUGGAUCAAGGGAAAAACCUGUUCUUAUUGCUCCUGAUCUCCACUUAAAAGAUCCUGGCCGGACAAAAGGUUUUUUUUUAAUCACCCUUUGGCCACGUUGGGCGAGGGAAGAUCUACCUACGCCAAGAGAAGCUGAACUAUCUUGGAGAUCUACCUCCUUCCAGGUGCCAAACAGCCUACCGUCCUUACCAUGAGAUCGGGGUUUGGGGACGCGGUCAAAGAUCUGCUCUGCGGCUUGUCAACGGAUUCCGUCAAGGACAAAGAUAUGGGCGUCCAAAGAAGUCACAGCUGGGAGCCGGUCAAAGUGCAGGGCCACCCGAGGCAGAAGGCCGAAAGAGACGCAGCCUUUAACCGGCAGAAAGCACAGCGUGCUUCUCUCCGAGCUCAUUUGCGGGAGAAAUACAACCUCCCAAAGAACCCGGCGGACGAAAAGCAGCUGGAAGCCGUGGGGGUUAAGCUUCAGCUGCCCCGAGACCUUCUCAGCAUCGUACAACCCAACGCGGCCAACCUCCCCGGCUUCGGCGGGAUAGAUUUCGACUCCUUGCAAACGACCCUCCAGAGCCCAGCGCAGUCUUUCUCACGCCCGGGCCAAUGUCGUAUCAUGUGAACGCCCGCCCUUUUUUUUUCUUUCUUCUGAGGAUGCAGGAAAUAAAAAUGUUUGUGUUUGGGGGGCAACGGCGGGCGUUCUGCGAUGUGGCUUCUUCGGCGCACGCCGUCUCGUACAACGUUGGGAGCGUCGCAAUCUUGGUAGGAAAAGGGGGCAUUGGAUGAAGACUGCUGAGAAAAGGCCCCCAAAUAGAGCGGCCUUGUCCAGAUAUGGCCCCUAUGGCCAUUGCACAGGUAGUCCUCGACUUACGACUCCAACGGAGCCCUACGUUUCUGUCAUUCGGCGAGAAUUUGUCAAGUCCUGUUCUAUGACCUUUCUUGCCAGAGUCGUUAAAGGAAUCGUUGCAUUGGUUCAAUAGGUUGUUAAGUGGAACCGGUUUCCCUCCCUCCCCUUGACUUGGCUCGUCCGCAGGACGCAAAAGAGG